AUAAUAAUCCAAGCUCUAAUUACUGUUUUGUUUUAUAUUUAACAAAAGCGCCAGAGAUUUGCAUUUCCCAUUGCUCCCACUUGCCCUGUGCUUUUCUUCCAUUCCUAGCAUCAGCCAAAACAGGAUCUCUCAAGGCCCAGCUAUCUUUCCAUCAUCUUCAUCUCAAAGGAUUGAAAAGUGAAAAACUUUACUUUAUGAAGAUGAUAGCUGGUACCCAUUUUAUUUAUAUCAUAAUAAAAAUUUCAGCUCAAUAUAUCAAUUAUGGGACUAGAUGUUGUUUUGGAAAGUGAGGACCUUUUCCAAGCAAGGCCAAGGCCAAAAACUGCUCAUCAACCUCCCUGCAUCAGAGCAAAAGUAGAUGAGAAAGAUAUAAAAGAACUGCUUAGGAACAGAUAUAACAACUUAAGGAGAUCAGAUGACAAUUACAGAGAAUUAAGGCCCAGUUAUUCUACUAGUCCCCGUAGGAGAAGCAUGCCAGCAAGGCCGCAUGGUAAAAAUGCCAAAAACUGUGAGGUAAUGAAAAGGGGAUCGGUAUAUCAAAGUUCUAGAGAAUUAAAGAGUAUAAGGAGGUUGAGAGAUGAGAGGAGAAAUGUAGAAUCAACAUGCAGCGAUGAAGGGUUCCUGUCUUUUGAGAUUAAUGAAGCCACUGGCUUCCCCAAAUCAAGAACCUCAUUUAUUGACAUCCAUCCAUUAGCUCCAGUAAAUUCUACCGAAGAGCGUGUAAAGCUCAAUUGCUCUUCCUCAGGCUCUAAGGGGUUUAGCUCACGUUCUAAUGAGAAGAGAGAAAAAGGAUCAGUUGAAGAACAAAAUUCUGAUAGAGACAGCACAUGCAAUCUUCCCAAGUCCUUUUCAGCGAAGGCAGUAAUGUUCAAUACUCCUAGUCAAUUAGAAAAAGGGGCUUCUAAAGCCAGUAAAAAAUUGCGGUUUAGUCCGUUUAAACAGAUGCUGGAUCCUAUUAUGAAAUCAAAGUAUCUGAGAAAUCCAUCUUCCAUGGAAAUAGAAAUUCCUGGAAAUCCUCCAACCAUCAAGAGGCAUAGAGUAUUCCACAAAUCUUCAUCGAAUGAGUUCUCAAAGCCAGCUGAAAAGACGAAUUAUGAUGGUGGGAUGGUGGAACGAGACAAAAUCUUGAUGAUGGUUCCUUCACCAGCUCAUUUACAUGCCACUCUUAAAUUGAAUUACAAGAAUGAUACCCCAUCGUAUGAAUUUGCACUAAAAAAUCCUGAGGAUGUUCUUUUGGCAAAAACAUGGAGAACCGAUAAUGCAUUCAAUUGGGUUUAUACCUUCUACAAAUACAAGAAGAAAGGUACUACCAGCAGUGAUUGUGCUUCCAAAGAUCCUUUAAUUAUCGGCCAAAUGCAAUCUUCUUGUUAUUUAUGUUCAGAAGUUAGCGACACCGCUUCAUUGGAGAGUACCAUAGUAACAGAAUUUGUUCUAUAUGACAUUGCCCAUGCUAGAAAAAGCUUUGGCACGAGUAAUUCAACUGACACAGAGAACUAUCAGCAUCGCCCGAAACGAUGCCCUUCUAGUGAUUUCGAUUCAAAUCCUUCAACUUCUCAUCCGUGGUCAAUGGAUGAUUUGCAUCCUUAUUUAGAGAUAGCUGCUGUUGUGAUUCAAAUUCCUUUUAUUAAGAAAGAAGUAGAAGAAGAUAAAAGUACUGAAGAACGAGGAAUCGCGAAUCAUGCCAAUGUAAGGGUUGUAAUUCCUAGUGGUCCACAUGGACUACCGAGCAGUGAGGAUGGUAGACCCUCGUCAUUGCUUGAUAGAUGGAGAUAUCGUGGAGGAUGUGAUUGUGGCGGGUGGGAUAUGGCUUGUCCUAUUGUGGUGAUCGAAAAUCCAUGCACUGAUAAUUAUGUUGGGGAUUAUUUGGCAAAGGGAAGUCAAUGGCAAAUGGUGCUCUUCGUUCAGGGAAGGAAAGAGAAGAUACCGGCACUAUCGAUAACAUCUAAUGGCAGAGGACAAUAUUCAGUUGAUUUCCAUGCUCAGUUAUCAGCAUUACAAGCAUUCUCCAUUUGCAUUUCUAUACUUCACAGUUCAGAAGCACCCUCUGCUCUCAACCAUGACAACAAGCAAAUGUUUUACUCAAAUUCACUCAAAUUACUUCUUGAACAAGAAGUGAAAAUUUUGCUAGAAGCUGUUGCAGACGACAAAUCGAAUAAGAAGACAGAACAGAUGACACCAUUGUUCAUCCUUGAUCCUCCAUUUUCUCCCAUGGGAAGAGUAUAGAGUUUUAGAGCAUUGCAUUGAAAUAGAGUUAUUUGUUAAAUGUUAGAUUUGAGCAGGGCAAGAAGAGGGUAGUAUCAAUUCUUUGUAGACAUAGUUCAUCAUAUAAUGCUGUAGUUUCUUUUUGUUUAUAUCAUUAGUUACUAGGGAGAAAAUGUUCAUAUGAUGUUAAUAGGAUCAGAUGGUAAUAGGUUUUGGGCUGAAUAAUUUAUAACUGGCGGUAAUAUAAAUAAGUACAAGAUCUACUAUUUUGUUUAUGAAAUGUUGUAAGU